GGCGGCGGUGGGGGCAGGAGCGGGCGUGUGGACCCUUCUGGGGGUGCCGGGCUUCUGCCCCCGCCCCUGUGGGUGUAGGGGUGAGCCGAGCGUGCUGGAGGCGCGUGCAGGGUGAGCUCUGCUUAGGUGCCAGCCUUCCCCUGUGCAGGUGCGUUGGGCGCACAGAGAGCAGUGCGGGAUGGGUGCCUGUAGGCGAGUGUCUGUGCGCGAGCAUCGGGCUAUGCAGGGGUGCAUGCUGGCUGCAAGCACAGUAUGUGGGAGAAUACAGCUGUGGCUCCCUGCGAAGAUUUGUAGGUGCGCUUAGUAAUUGCUGAAAAAGCACUGAAGUGUGAAGAACACGAUGUAAGUUUACCCUUGAGUGAACACAAUGAACCUUGGUUUAUGCGUUUAAACUCAUCUGGAGAAGUGCCUGUCCUUAUCCAUGGGGAAAAUAUUAUUUGUGAGGCCACACAGAUUAUUGAUUAUCUUGAAGAGACGUUCGUGGAUGAGAGGACACCAAGAUUAAUGCCAGAAGAAGGAAGCAUGUAUUACCCAAGGGUGCAACACUAUAGAGAGCUCUUGGACUCCUUGCCUAUGGAUGCCUACACACAUGGCUGCAUUUUACACCCAGAAUUAACAGUGGAUUCCAUGAUUCCAGCAUAUGCGACAACUAGAAUUCGCAGCCAGAUAGGUAACACAGAAUCUGAACUAAAGAAGCUUGCCAAAGAAAAUCCAGACCUCCAAGAUGCUUAUAUAGCAAAACAGAAGCGCCUUAAAUCUAAGCUGCUGGACCAUGAUAAUAUAAAGUACCUGAAGAAAAUACUUGAUGAAUUGGAAAAAGUUUUGGACCAGGUUGAGACUGAGUUACAAAGGAGAAAUGAAGAAACACCAGAAGAUGGACAGCAGCCUUGGCUGUGUGGCGAAUUCUUUAGUUUGGCAGAUGUAUCACUUGCUGUUACAUUACAUCGCCUGAAGUUUCUGGGGUUUGCAAGAAGAAACUGGGGAAAUGGAAAACGACCCAACUUGGAAGCCUAUUAUGAACGUGUCUUGAAGAGAAAAACAUUUAACAAAGUUUUAGGACAUGUCAACAACAUAUUAAUCUCAGCAGUUCUGCCAACUGCGUUCCGGGUGGCCAAGAAAAGGGCACCAAGAGUUCUUGGCACAACCAUGUUGGUUGGCUUGCUAGCAGGAAUGGGUUAUUUUGCUUUCACUUGUCUUCGAAAGAGAUUUGCCAAUAUGAUAUUAUCAAUUAGAACAAGACAACCUUAUUUUUAGACUCUAAUUUGCCUGAUUGUGGGUGGGGGACACCUCUAAUCCCCAGGAAAAUCUCUAAGAUAAACCUAUAUGAAAGAUUCUUGGAGCAGAACAUUGUCACAGAAUAAUAGUCUCCUACAAUUGCAUACAUGUAUUGGAAAAGCUGAGAUACUUGUGGAUAAUAAACAUUGAGGGGACAAUAAAGAAAAUAAAAUUGGUUCUUUUCAAAUGAGGAGCUGUAGAUCCUGUGGCAAUGCUUUGUUAGAAGAAUCAUUGUUUCUGUCUCUUUUACCAAAUGACUGAUGUAAUUUUAGAACUUCUAUUCAAUAGGUAUUCAUGCAGCAAUGCAACAGGUGCUCACUGUGGGUGAAAUUCUUCAGUGUGCAGAAGACCAGCACAAGUCCUAGGCUCCAUUUGAGCCCUGAAAACAGGAUUUAAGUGGGACUUAAGUGGCCCACAGGCCUUGUGUCUGACCUUUGCAUGGGAGAGAAUUUCACCGAGAUCAACUGCCACAGGUUUUCAUAUAGAGGUUCGAAUAGUAGCAGGGGUUUCAUUUAUUUGCGAAGAUACCUGAAGUGUGUGUGUGAAAAUCAGCUAAUUUGGGAAGACAUAGGAGGAGAUUUUUCAAAGGGAAAACUACCAGGUAGGCUCUCAACUCCCAUUGAGAUUCAGGCACCUAACUUGGCCUGUGUGCACUCAAAUAACCAAUUUGCCUACAUACCUUGGAUAUUUUUGCCUACUAAUUAGGUGGGUAUAAUUGUACGUAAGUGAUUGCAUGUGUCUCUGUGUGAAAAUAUUGCCCAUAAGUGCCACAGCCUAUCGGAAAAUAUCUUAUCCAUUAAAAAUAGCUUUUUAUAUGAGUAAGAUUUUCUGACGAUAGCUUCAUUUUUGUUUAUUUUUAUUAGUGGAAAAGAGUCAUCCAUCUGUCAAGUUUGAUUGGCUAACAUAAAGAUACAAAGUGGGUAAUUCUCCAGCAUGGUCUACUUAUUUACUGAGAGAUUACAACUUGGUGAAAAUGAGUGAAAAUUGUUUGUUUGUACAACCUGGGAAUAGGAAAUUUGUAUUGCAGUUUCUUUCAUAAAGUUACAGUUUGGAUUUGAAGAAACAGUUUAAAUAACACAGAUGCUUUAAUGCAAUCCACCAGUCGAUGGCUACUGAUGGAUGUAUUGUUCAACCUGAAUCCAACUCAUCAUUCCAGUGGCAGUUGUGCACCUAUCUGAGGCCAGAUUUUGUUCGUGUAUCAGUCAGUGGCCUGACAGGAAGCACAAACUACCAAAAGUCUGACCUAGCAAGAUUUCUAGCUCAUUUAUGAAGACCCAGAAUGUUUCUAGCAUUUUGGAUUUAUAUCUGAAUCAAAACACGUCUGAAGUUUUUGAAGUUUGUCUAUCAGUAACUAGUAGACAAAAUGUUACUGAAAUGGGCCUGUAAAAUCUGUAGUAAUGGGCCUGAAUCAAACUCCUAUAUCCCAAAUGCCCACAAACUUUAGUUGUUCGCUAUCAUCUAUCUCUAGUAAUGUCUAAUGGUCAUUUGAAAUGAGCAGAUACGGAUUUUACCUGGAUAAUUUUGGUGUCAAGCAGAUGUUGAAAGGGAUAAUUUGUUUGUUGAACAUUGCUGGUUAUAAUUUAACAGAGUGUUAAAUAUUUAACGAAAGAUGGCCCAAAUCUUACUGCUCCUUUUCAUUAGUAAGAAAUAUUCAUACAUAAGAAACAGUGCUUUUUGUUUGUUUGUCUGUCUGUUGAUGGUAAUUACUUUUAAUGACCCAAUAGUUUUGGACAUCUUGAUAAAUUGACUGUGCUCUGUUUACAAAAACUUAAUAUCUCUAGAGUAAAUUUAAUCCACUAACACCGUUAAUGUUUUCAGAGUAGCAGCCAUGUUAGUGUAUAUCUGCAAAAAGAACAGGAGUACUUGUAUUCAUUAGAGCAAGGCACUGAAUUUAGCUGUAUGGAGUGGAAAUCCAUCAACUUCAAAAGAUGCUCUAAUAAAUUUGUUAGCCUCUAAGGUGCCACAAGUACUCCUGUUCUUUUUGCGUUGAUGUUAUGUUAGCUUUAAUUGACUCUUGCUUUGUUGUUUGUAUAUUGCAGCACAUCUAUAUUUACUUUGUAUCUGGAAGAUUCCACAAAAUAAUAUGCCUCAUUGGAUGCUUCAGUAGCAUAUUAUAUUUCUGAGGAGUUUGAAAGUGUAACAUUAAAAUAUCUGUUCAAGUCAUUCUAAAAUUAACAUGAUUUAAAUAUGGACUAUGCAGAAUGAAUUUCACCUUCUUUCCCUGUUUUUUAAAUCCAUAAAGUUGUCUUCCUAGAGAAAUGUUUUCUGUUAGCACAAGUGUCCAGCCCACACUACCAAUUUAUAUGUAUAUCUAUGAUGAAGACUAAUGAUUGGUCAGGCUAUGUAGUUUCACUCCCUGUUAUCCUUGAUCUUUUGUGCACUCGAGAUUACACACAUUCAUUGCCUGCCAACAGCAACAUGUACUGCUGGGAAGACCUGAAAUGACCACCAGAUGUCAGUGCUCUGCUAGGGCUGCACUUUGGUAAUCCAGUUGAAUUGUCGUUGAAACUCUCACAAAUUAAACAUUUCUGCUCUCGGUCUGAGACAAAGGGAGUAUCCUCCUCAGGGUAGCUAGUGUGGUUAAAAAUGGUGUGACACAAUUUAUUUGCCAUGCGAUUUCAAACUGUUCUCGAACCUGGAAUAUUUAUUGAAUGACAUAGUUUCUAUAGUAAAUAUGUAGGGGCCUAUAUAACUUGGGAUUGUCUACCAGAGGGCAGAGUUAAAACAACACUUAACAUUAACGUGAACACCACUGAGUAGCAGGGAAAUAUAUUUACCUGAAUGAACACUUUAUGGAUCACACUAUUCAGCAAAAUUCAGGUUGCUAGUUAGAGCAUAUGUCUGUCACUAGAACUGUAAUACUAAGUAGCUUUUGUUAGCCUUAUAAUUGACUACGUGAUAGGCUACUCAUUCUCACUGCUCUAGAGUGCUCUUCUUCAUGGGUGAAAUUCACUCCUGUGCAGAGGGCCAAUAAAAGACCUAUCACAUCACUUAAGACCUCAACAUAGGGCUGAUGUGGGAUUUAAGUGUGCAUUGACCUUGUGAGGGCGCUAUGCACGGGGUGAAUUUCACCUUGUAUUUGUAGUGUUGCUUGUCUUUUAGCCCCGUUUCUUUCCAGCAGUGCUUAGUACUGCUUCCUGUGACCAUUUUGUGGGUUGGAUGCUCUCCUCCUUUGGUUUUCAUAUACUGUUUUCUCUCUCUGUCACACAGCUAAUGCACAGCAGUAUGCUAAUAUUUUUUUCGUAUCAUAUGCUUGUAUGUGGGCUCAGAAAAAUAAACAUGGGACCUGAAAUGA